CAACUUCAUAUCCGACCUUCGUAGUAUUCCUGAGUCCAAGGUUCCCUCGUUUUAGCCUUGACCAGACAACAUUCGCUUUCAUCCACACUCGCUCUACUUGCUAUAUUAUAUUGCCUACCGCUGGCUUUUGAAUAGCUCACCUUCGCUCCGUGUCAUUCGUUUUCUGGUUUCUCCGAAUUCUCAGUGCAGCACAUUUACGACACUCCCACUCUCGACCAAAAUUCAGAGCUUCUCACACAUACCACUGUAUUCUUCUACGAACGCAUAACUGUACUGUAUCAAGUAUGAGUUCGUACGGUUCAGAUCACCAUGACCAAACCCACAGUGGCACUCAGCGGAAGCGGGUUGGCAAAGCCUGUGACCGCUGCCGCAUCAAGAAGAGCAAGUGUAAUGGAGACAACCCAUGUGACCGCUGCAAUACCGAUGAUCAAAGAUAAGAACCCUCCAAGAGGAUAUAUCGAAACUCUUGAGAGCCGCUGCAUUAUUCUCACUCAGGGCUUGAUUGAGAUGGACCGCAUCCGAAAGGGGCUGCCACCUUCCUCUACUCAGUUCGUAGCUGGCAGGCCCAGCGGAAGGGUAGCAAACUCGAUUUUGAAGGAGAUUGGAAUUGACACCUCGAGGAUUGAAACCGAUUUUGACGAUUAUGAUGGACUUUGCGGCGGUGGAUCUCCUGGAGCAGAGAGUCUCGGAGGUGGAUCAAAUCAUUCUCAAUAUGACGAUUUCUUUACAAGCACGGAACACCUCCCCCACCCCCAGUCCCACCACUCCCCGGCAUCUUCUCGUAGUCCGAGCGUAAACGCAGCUUCAUCGCGCACGUGGCCUUUGGAAGGUCAUCGCCGACAAGCAUCCCACGGUUUUCCUGUCGCGAACCCUCAGUUUAUUGCAGAGGGAAUCACAGCUCAAAACCUCGUGUCGAACGGAGAUUACCAGCCCCCGAUGCUACUAAUGGAGGGGACUCAAUACCAACCCUCUUCACCGUCUCCGGGAGUCUUUCACUACAACCAAGACUACAACCUAUCUUCUCAGGAUCUUCCCAGUGAUUUUGGUGAAUAUUACGAAUAUAAUGACAACCGGUCUCCCACCGGUAACUCUACGAACGUCACGUGUAUGGAGCCGAAUUAUAAUUUUCAUGUCCAGGGUUACGCCUAAUUAAGGCUUUUACGAAUUUCCUCCCAUUCUCUCUUUCUGUCUCUCCUUUCCUCUCUUUUUGUUCCAAAUCUAGACAUUCAUUUACGAUAUACGCAUGCACACGUUGGGGGGGGGGGGGUUCUUCACAUUUUUUGCUAUCCUUAUUGGCUGGUUUUUUGAUUUUUUUUUCUCGCUCUCAUUUGGUCUUUUUGCGAAAACACACUCAUAGCAUGUUACGAGCACGGUACGGUCAUUCCUUUUUGGUACGGGGUUUUGUUGUUUUUUUCUCUUAUUUCAAACUUAGCUGUGGAUGUGAGCAUGGGUAUCGGCGCUUUUCGGAUUUGGAUUCCAUCGCACAGCCCCCGCAUGCCCAAAGGGCUGCGUAUGGCUUGCUUAUUAUUAUCAUUAUUAUUUUUUCUUUCACAUUCAUUCCCUGUUAUUUUUCUUUUCUUGGUCCCCGAGAGUCCUCUCGGGUUUUUUGCUCCUCUCUUAACUUUAAUUUCUAGUUUGUUAAUUUUCUUCUUUGUUUUGUUUAUCACUCUUGCUAUGGUUUCUUAUCAGAUUUCAAUGUUUUGGGCGGUCCGCGAUGUUGAUGUACAGUACAUAACGGUUACCUCACGAUACCCUCCUCCCAUCCCUCGCUCCCCAUCUCGCUCUCUCUCUUAUUCCUCCUUUUCUUGCUCUUUAAUUUCUAGUUAUCUGCAGCCUGGUAUCGCAAGAUCACGUUUUUGCGGUAUUUUACGAGUUAUGUAUGGGCGAUCGAUUUGGUUGUUGGGAGGAGUUUCAGGUCCCUUCAAUGUAGCUUUUUUAAUGUUUCAGUUCCCUAUUCUUACGAUUUCUGUGCCCUAUGUAAAUUAAGGCGGAAGAAAGUCCGGAGCGGGUAGAUGAAA